AUGGUCGGCUUUGAUAUGCGAGGUUUGACCCCUGCUCCGGUCACCCCUUUCACACAGAAUGGUGCUGUCGACUAUGAAGCCAUCCAACGCCUUGGCUCCUGGCUCGGUAGCAUCGACGGGGUGAAGGGCCUUGUGGUGCUUGGUCACGCUGGUGAGGGAACCUUCCUCACCAUGGAGGAGCAAAUCUCCGUUAUCAAAGCCUUUGUCAAAUCUGUUGACAACAAGAUUCCAAUCAUCGCCGGUAUCACUGGCGAGGGAACUGAGGUGGCUGCUCUCGAAGCCAAGCGAGCCAAGGAAGCCGGUGCCGCUGCGGGGCUCCUCUAUCCUUCUCACGGCUGGCUGCGCUUCGGAUAUCAACCCGGCGCUCCCCAGGAUCGGUACCGCCGUGUGUAUGAGGUCUCCGGCUUGCCUCUGAUUCUCUUCCAAUAUCCCGACAAUACCAAGGCCAGCUACAACUUGCAGACCAUGCUGGAUAUUGCCGCUCAACCUGGCUGCUUCGCCAUGAAGAACGGCGUGCGCAACAUGCGUCGGUGGGAUACCGAGAUCCCCGUGAUCCGAGCUCAACGACCAGACUUGCAGAUUCUCUCUUGCCACGAUGAGUAUCUUCUGCAUACCUCAUUUGACGUCGAUGGCUUCCUCGUUGGUUAUGGAAACAUCGCACCGGAGCCGCUCAUCGAGCUCAUCAAGGCGGGCAAGGCCAAGGAUUAUCGAAAGGCUCGAGAGAUCCACGAUCAACUGCUCCCUGUCACCAAGAGCGUCUACCACCGUGGAUCUCACAUGGAGGGCACAGUAGCCCUCAAGCAUGCCCUUGUCGCUCGGGGUAUUCUCACACAUGCCACUGUUCGCUCACCUCUAUUGCCUCUGGAGGAUGGCGCUGAGAAGGAAAUUCAUGAUGCCAUCAGUGCGGCAUCCCUCAGCAAGGUGGUACUUUGA